GCAUUCUUGGCACUGAAGGACACUUUGUGUUCAGGGUCACCCUCAGCGCUUCAUCGGGAGAGGCAUAGAGACAGGAGAGAGUGAGGUAGCAGACAGUACAUCCUGAGAGGUGAGACAGCACGACUGAAGAGGAUCUUCAAGGAGAGAGACAGACAGGCAGACAGAAAAGGAAGUGGGAUAUAUCCGUCCUACAGAUUUGCACCCAGAGGACUUCACCUGUUUCUUUAAAGAAAGCGUGCCAUUUGGGGGGUUACUAUGGAAACCAGGACGGUGAUGCAGCGUGAGCGGGAGGAGCAGUCGUCCAUGAUGUCUCAGAGCAUGCAACUGUCCUCCCAGAUCCAGAAGAAGACCUUCACCUCCAGUGAUGAGGACGCCUCCUACUCUGAUUUCUAUCCCAUCAUCCCCGCUGACCUGAUGUCCGUCAAGGAGCUCCUGGACAUGGACAACCUCCCCCGCCACAGGACAUGGGAAAUCCUGAAGGAAACUCUGGCUGCUAAUAAGGGGUAUCGGAGAGAUGAGUGGACCAUGUUUGGGAACGAGGCUGAGAAGGUGGAGCUGGAUGUGAUCAGGAACCAGCGAGUGUUACGCAAACGCGUUGACACCAUGGCACUUCGCAAGCAGGCACAAAACAAGGCGUCUGCCCACUUGAGGUACCUGGAGCGUCUGAGUCAGAGGGCCCCAGACUUUGCGGUCCCCCUGAGGGCCCACACUGUGUGGGAGGGCAUGACCGUCACCCUGUCCUGUAUCGUCCAGGGCUGCCCGCCCCCAAAGGUCACCUGGUUUAAGGAUGGUUGGCCACUGAGGAUGUCUGAGCAACCAUGGAACUACAGUCUUCAGCAAAAAUUUGGUGUAAACUCACUGGAGAUCAGAAGGUGCUCUCCUGAUGAUGCUGGAAAGUAUAAAGUGGUGGCCAAGAGUCUCCUGGGGGAAGCGAUGACAUUUGGAACACUUGUUGUGAACUCAUAUCAAGGAGCAGUGGCUGGUUCAGAGAGUUCCAAGACCCCCAUGAAAUAUGAGAAUGCAGCCCAGUUUGGCAGCACCUUCCCCCCAACAUGGGUGAGAGAGAAUGAGAGCUUCACGCUGCAAUGCACCUUCACCUCGGCUCUGCUGCCCUCCCUGCAGGAUGUCACAUGGUUUAGAGAUGGCAUACAGCUGCAUCCGUCGAACACUGUAGACAUUAAAACAGCUGAUGACAACGCCUCCAUCACUUUUAAGGCUGCACACAAGGAACUUGAAGGUGUUUACACCAUCCAACUGAGGACCUGUGAUGAAAUCCAGGAACACAGUGCUUUCGUCUAUAUCGAAGAUGCAUCAGCGGCGGUGCUGGGAGGCCCCGCCUCUCCUCUGGCCGUCCAGGUGUCUGAUGUCAACAAGGACUACGUCUUCCUGACCUGGCAGCCCCCCAGUGCUGAUGGUGCCUCACCUGUGGAGGGUUACUAUGUGGAGAGAUGUGUUGUCGGGGAAGGGGAGUGGGUGCGCUGCAAUGUAAAUAUUCAGAAAAUGUGCUACUACCCUGUGUCCGGGCUAAAGGAGGGAACUCUGUACCAGUUCAGAGUUCGUGCUGUGAACCAGGCUGGAGCAGGACGCCCCUCCAAGGCCACCGAGCCCGUCCUCACUGCAGACCCGCUGCAACACACCAGGACCACAGUGGUCAAAGUGGACAGAGGGAGGACGAUCACCGUUACAAAAGAUGAACUGGAAGGUGAGGUCAAAGCUCCGUUCCCUCCAACAAACGUCCACGCCUGCGAGGUGAGCGACACCUACGUGGUGUUGAGCUGGAGCGAACCUGAACCCAGAGGCAAGGAACCUCUCACCUUCUACGUGGAGCGGUCCCUGGCAGGGAAGAGCAGCUGGGAGAUGGCCAGUCUGGAGAUGGAGGUCAACUCUCCGCGGUUCCCCGUGCUCGACCUGAUCCAGGGUCAGCAGUACCUCUUCAGAGUGCGCUCCAUCAACAGGCACGGUGUCAGCGACCCCUCGGAGCCCAGCGCACCCGUCUCCUUGGGAACACAAGAAGCGGUGCCGGCUGCUCCUCACUCUGUGAUGGCCGUCAGAGACACGGACACCUCGGUGCUGCUGCAGUGGAAGGAGCCCGAAGAGAAAGACGACGUUCUGGGUUACUACCUGUACUGCAGCGAGAGAGGCAAACAGGACUGGAAGACUAUCAACAACAAGCCUGUGACCAAAAACAGAUUUACAGUCCACGGCCUCAAGAACCGACAGGAAUAUGUGUUCAGGGUGAAGUCUGUGAGCCGGGCGGGAAACAGCAGCUACUCAGACGAGUCCCCCCCCAUCCUCGUCAAAGCCGCCAUAUCGGUUCCCUCUGCUCCCUCUGCCAUCGCCCUGCUGCUGUGCACCGGGUCAGAGAUGGUGUUGGGAUGGAGGGCCCCUGCGCGUCACGGGGGAGACCCUGUGCUCGAAUACUACCUGGAUCAGAGGGAGAAGGGCGGGAAAAUGUGGAGAGAAGUCAACGUGAAGCCGGCCAAAAAGAGACAGUUUAAGGUUUGUAACCUGACAAGUGGAGACUUCUACCAGUUCCGUGUGUUUGCUGCCAACAUGGCCGGCGUGGGGAAGCCGUCUGAGAGCAGCGAAGCUUUCCUCUGUGAGAAAUGGACCAUGCCAGAGCCAGGUUGCCCCUAUGACGCGGAGGUCAGGGAGGUGAGUGCCGGCUCUCUGGUGCUGCUGUGGGCCGCCCCGCUGUACCAAGGUCAGGGUCCCGUCACCGGAUACUUCCUGGAAAUCAGCGAGGGCGACCAAUCAGACAACUGGACUACUGUGAACGAAAAGCCGAUCACUGACACACAUUACAAGGUCUCAGGUCUUCAGGAGGGUCACACCUACCGUCUCCGUGUGGCGGCUGUCAAUCAGGCUGGAGUCGGUCCCGCCUCCCUUCCCACCGAGCCGGUCACAGCUCACACCACAGGUGCAAAAAACAUCGAGAUUGGAGUGGACGACGAUGGUUUCAUAUUUCUGGGCUACGAGGCUGAGGGGACGGACGAGGAGAGCAAGUUUCUGUGGAACAAAAACUACACCGAGCCCAUUGAUGCCCAAAGAGCUCAGGCAGAAAACACGAAGUGCGGGUCUGUCCUCACCUUCUCAGACCCCUCUGAGGAGGAUCUGGGUCUCUACACCGUGGAGACCAGCGACAACCCAGACCUGUCGUCCAGCUAUGACUUCACGGCUGAAGACCUUGAGAGACUCAAAGAACUCAGCUGGCAAGUCAGAAAUCCACUGAUAGAUCUGAAGUCGGGCUGGCAGGUGGAGGUUUCUGAGAAAGGUGAAGUUCGUCUCUGGCUUCAGACUGAGAGCCUGAGUGAUGAGGCUGAGCUGCGUCUCAUCUUCAACGACAAAGAAAUCAGCAGCUCUCCGCACCGUAAGAUCACCUUCGACAGGGCCAGCGGUCUGGUGGAGGUUCUGUUCGACCAGCUCUCUGCAGAGGACGAGGGCUCGUACACGGCGCAGCUGAAGGACGGCCGCGCCAAGAACCAGUUCACUUUGGUCUUUGUGGAUGAAAAGUUUCGGGAGACGCUGGCCCUGGUUCAGAAAAACCGGCGUGACCAUAAGAGAAAGUCUGGACCGUAUUUCGAGGAAGACUUGUCGUGGAGUGUAAAUGAGGAUUGUGAACUGGUUAUAAAGUGCAAGGUGACCAAUACACACAAGGACACGUCAGUGAAGUGGUUUAAAGAAGGCGUGGCGGUGACGCAAGUCGUGUACGACCAGUCAUCAGGAGUCAGCACUCUCACCAUCCCACAGGUUACAAAGAAAGAAGCAGGUUCCUACAGAGCGGUGGUGACAGAUGGGAGAGGAGAGGAUGUCAGCACCUUGGAGUUACUGGAUGACGAGUAUGACCAGCUUCUCCAGCAGCUAAGCAAACAGUGCGCAUUGUCUGCCAGCCCUCUGAAGAUUCAGAGCACUGCUUUAGGUUUCAAGCUCUACUGCUCACUCAAAUACUAUAUAAGCUACAUGAAGACCAGUUGGCACCUCAAAGAGAAGAGGAUUGACCAGGAUGCCAGGACAAAGCCUGGCAGCAGCGUGCAGGAAGUCUGGAUUGAAAUCUGUAACCCGACAGAGAAUGAUAAAGGGAAAUACACGUUGGAGAUGUUUGACGGCAAAGAGACACACAAACGAUAUCUUGACCUAUCUGGACAAAUGUUUGCUGAUGCCUUGCUGGAGCACCAGAGGUUGAAGCAAGCGGCCGUGGCUGAGAAAAAUCGGGCCAAAGUGACAAAGGGUCUCCCUGAUGUGGUGGCCAUCAUGGAGGGCAAGACUUUGUGUCUCACGUGCUUCAUCGACGGUUGUCCGGACCCAGAGAUCAUCUGGCUUCGUAACGACAAGGAGAUUGUGGACCAGGCCCAGUUCACCAUCACAAAGGAGCCCAAGUGCAGCACCAUCACCAUCCACAACGUCACCAUGGCAGAUUCUGGGAAAUACAGCAUCUUUGUGCGCAACAACUUUGGCUCUGAAACGGUUGAUGUUACUGUGAGCAUUUACAAGCAUGGGGAGAAGCCUCCAGAUCACGCUGUGGAGAUGGGUUUUGAACGCAAAAAGAAGUGAGGGAUUUAGUUUGAGAUUUAGUUUGAGAUUUAGAGAUUGAGAUUAGUGCGAACAGAUAUACAGGUGGAUGGAUAGAUAGAUUAUGACAUGGAAUGAUGAUUGUUUUUUGUGUUUAAGGAACGUUUAUUGAGCAUUAAGGAACUUUGUUGUGGUUUUGAAAAAAAAUCUCCUAGUCUUUGAACUCCAAAUAUCUUCUUUAUAUGAGUUUUAUGUUCGUACAGUGCUUUUUUCCCUGGCAAAUGUUCAAUGUAAGCUUCACUUGGUCAAUGGGGUGAAAUCAAUCACCUUUAGCAUGAAGUGUACCAAUGUUAUAAUCCUUAAAACCUUAUGUGUGUGUUAUCUUGACUUUAGACAUUGAUAUCUGCAGUGGCAGAUUUUCACCAUCCAGCUGCAUUUGAUACAUCUUUCCCAUUUUUUCUUUUGCAAUUUGAACUGCACUGACAGACCUAAAAAAAUGCCUAACAAUGUUUAUUUAAAUCAAGAACAUCGGAUCCUGGUAACAUACAGAUGACACUUUCUUUGUAUUAUUUAAACUGGAGACAAUGUGUGCCAUAAAAAGAUAUACUUUGUGAUGGAUAUUGCAAAAUUCUGUUAGUCAAACUCAUUUAGUUGAAGUCAUGGGUGUUGCAUAUACAGAUUGUUUCUAUUUUAAAGUAACUGCAACUUUUGUAAAAAGAAAAUGCACUAUGUUCCUUUCACAACUGAAAAGCUGAAUUCAUACUCAGUAAAAUGCACAAUUAAUCAUUUCGAUACACUCCGAGGAUAUCCUGCUACAGACUCACUUGGUCUGGUAUGCUCAUACAGUAGUAACUAAUGUUAGGAUGUCAGCUAACAUUAGUUAAUUUGUUAAUUAGCAACCCCUAUAUAUUGCUUUAUAACUGCUGUCAGAGAGCCAGUUUGCAGACUUCAACUUUACCUGUGCUCCUAGUACAGUACAUUUUAUUAUUCACCAGUAUUGGAAAUGUUUUUGCUUCCUAAGCACAUGUCAAAAUGAAAACCGCAACUCUCUGAAGCUAAUCAAGCUUUUGGUGAAUCAUAUGUGUGAUUUGUUUGUGUGUGUGUUGUGAAUAAAGCUUA